AUGACAAAGAAUCGAAGGCGAGUUGAUGUCGGCGGCAGGUGUCGGAUUACAAGCUCUACGGUGGCCAAAUCAAUAUAUCUUGACAGCGACACAUCGUAUUACGCUUACAGCCUCGACGGCGUCGUAAUCGGCGGCAAAAAUCCUCAUCUCGUGCUACAGUUGCGUAUCUCCAUGUUAAUGCUUUUAUUCCUCUCUAGUUUGUUUAGCCAAGCUUCGUACACCUUGAAUGAGCCUUACACAUUCACCUACACUGCAUUUGAUGCCGAGAGUUGUGGCGGCAAUGCAAGUAGUUUGAUGUGCAUGGGGGCUGUUACUGCCGCCAACGGCUGCCUGAGCCUCACGCCGGACCACCAAAGCCUGCAGCAAAUCGAUCCCAAUUCGACUUCCAACACCGUGGGAAGGGUUUUGCACCGCCACCCGGUGCUGGCCUGGCCGGCCUAUAUAUCCACCUCCUUCAUUGUUAGGAUUGUGACGGACAUCAAUGCAACAGGAUAUGGUGAUGGAAUGACUUUUAUUUUUGCACAGGAUGAUCACCCCUCACCACCAGAGAGCGUUGGCUCAUAUCUUGGAUUAUUUGAUCACUCAACUCAAGGUGGCUCUCUUCGUCAACUUGCAGUUGAGCUAGACACUUACAAGAACGAAUAUGAUCCAGAUGGGAACCAUGUAGCCAUUGACACAACAAGUGUAUCGAGCCCUGUUGCGGUAAAGAGUCUCAAUGACACCGGCAUUGAUCUCAAGAGCGGAAGAGAAAUUAUGUUCAAGAUCGAAUACGAUGGAUGGACCAAAUUACUUGAAAUAAGUGUGGCCUAUGCUGGAGACCCCCUCAAAAGAUUUCUCAGCACUUCCAUAAUCUUGCAGAAAACAGUUCCUAGCUCAGUUUACGUGGGCUUUACGGCCUCUACUGGUACUUACUCCGAGACUCAUCAAGUUCUUCAAUGGAAUUUCACCUCCUAUGAAUUGCCAAAGCAAUCUCUAGAGGUCGGGAAAGAAAAUGAGAACAAGACUUUGUUGAGAAUCACUAUUUCAAUCGUCAUGGCCUUGUUGCUCUUCACUGCAUUCGCUUUGCCAUUCGUCCUCAGAGCUCGUAGGAGGAGAAGUGAGAGGGUAGGGCGAAAAGGGGAUAUCGAAAUGCUAACUAGGAAUGCAGCCAAUGCCCCCAAAAUGUUCACUCACAGGCAGCUUUCAAAGGCCACUAACAACUUCAGCAAAGAGAACCUUUUGGGGACCGGUGGUUUUGGAAGUGUUUACAAAGGGGUUGUAUCAGAUCCUUCUACCACUAUUGCUGUCAAAAGAAUUUCAGCAACAUCAAACCAAGGUGAGAAGGAGUACUUAGCAGAAAUAUGCACAAUUGGGCGCCUUAGGCACAAGAACUUAGUGCAACUCCAAGGUUGGUGCCACGAGCGAAAGCAACUACUCCUUGUCUAUGAUUAUAUGCCUAAUGGCAGCCUUGAUCAUUUCAUCGGCAAGAAGGAUGGCUUUCUUGAUUGGAAAACCAGGUACAAGGUGCUAACCGGCUUGGCAUCCGCCUUAGUUUACCUCCAUGAAGAAUGUGACAACCCUGUUGUGCAUCGCGACGUGAAGCCUAACAAUGUGAUGUUGGAUUCUGAAUACAAUGCUCAUUUGGGUGACUUUGGACUUGCAAGGUUGCUCCAAAAUGAGGAGGCUGUCACAACCAUGAUUGCAGGAACACCGGGAUAUUUAGCCCCAGAAGUCAGCUUCACUGGGAGGGCUACUCCGGAAUCUGAUGUCUACAGCUUUGGAAUGGUGGCACUAGAAGUGGUAUGUGGGCGAAGAUCGAAAGCUAGUUUCAUGGAAGAGAAUAGCUUGGUGGAUAGUGUGUGGUGUUUAUAUGAAAAAGGUGCUCUGCUUGAUUGUGUGGACCAAAAGCUUGGAGGGACUUAUGAUGAGGAACAAGUGAAGAGGACUUUGGUUGUUGGACUAGCUUGUUUGCAUCCAAACUAUACGUUCCGGCCUAGAAUGAGAAAAGUGGUUCAGAUUUUCUUGAACCUUGAUGAGCCACUGGUGAAUUUGCCGGUGUCUAGGCCUAGUUCAAUCUGUGUGUCAUUUCGUUCAUCUGCUGAUACAACAACGACUGAUUUUGGCUCUACCAUUGCUGCCACUACUAGAGGUUCUAUGGAGUCCUUGCCGGAUGAGAUGACGGUCCAAUAUGAAGAGGAGUGA